CCAUUUAUAUUCAGCCAUUUCCAGACUGAUUCCACCAUUAACGAUGCUUUUCCAAUUCUUUAGCGAUUGUGUGUUUCUUUGCUCUUCCCCCAAUUGUCAACUCCAUUUCAGCUCUCAACUACCACCAUGCCCAAUAAUUCUCUGAUCUCAACUUUCCGACCAACAGUGCACCAAAUACUCCUGCGCCCUCACAGACCCGAUACCUCCGGUUCAUCCACUUUUCGCCUAAAACCCUACUCGAAAAACUCAGUAUCCUUGAUCCUGUCAACAGGAGAAGGAAGACUUCCAGAUUUGAAGAUCAUGGCUAAGAAAAAGCCUAUAGAAGGAGUGAGCGAUCAGAUGAAUGCGAUUGCGUCUCAGAAUCUUGAUCAAGCACCUGCUCGCCGGAGAGUUAGAUUGGCUUUCACUCAAGUUCAGGAACAGCUUGAUCAUGUUUUGUUUAAGAUGGCUCCUACAGACAUCAGGACUGAAGAGUGGUUUGAAACGAACUCAAAAGGUCAAGAAAUUUUCUGUAAAAGUUGGUUGCCAAGGCCUGGAGUCAGAAUCAAAGCUGCUGUGUGUUUUGUUCAUGGAUAUGGCGACACUUGCACCUUUUUCUUUGAAGGCAUUGCAAAGAAAAUUGCUGCUGCUGGUUAUGGUGUUUAUGCCAUUGAUCAUCCUGGUUUUGGCCUCUCUGAAGGUCUACAUGGAUAUAUCCCUAAAUUUAGUGAUAUAGUUGACAAUGUAAUCGAACAAUAUACAAAAAUUAAAGGAAGACCCGAAGUGAGAGGGAUGCCUCGGUUUCUUUUAGGCCAGUCAAUGGGAGGAGCCGUUGCACUUAAAGUUCAUCUCAAAGAACAACGCGAGUGGGAUGGUGUAGUUCUUGUUGCUCCAAUGUGCAAAAUUGCAGAGGAAAUGAAGCCCCCGGAACCACUACAAAAAAUUUUAAUCUUUUUGUCACGAUUAAUGCCAAAAGCAAAACUUGUACCACAGAAAGAUCUUGCUGAGCUGGCAUUUCGGGACCCACAAAAAAGAAAAUUGGCGGACUACAAUGUCAUAUCGUACUCCGAUCAAACGCGAUUAAAGACCGCCGUUGAACUUCUAAACGCGACAAACGAACUCGAAUCAGAAGUCGAAAAGGUUUCAUCACCAUUGUUGAUACUUCAUGGAGCUGCAGACAGAGUAACAGAUCCUAAUAUCAGCAAGUUUCUUUACGAAAAAGCUGCCAGCAAGGACAAAAGUUUGAAACUUUAUGAAGGAAGUUAUCAUUGUAUUCUAGAAGGGGAAUCCGAUGAAAGAAUAUUCCAAGUGCUUGAUGACAUUAUUGCAUGGCUAGAUGCUCAUUGUUCUGUUAGAUAGCUGUUAUUUUAUUUAUUUAUUAUUAUUAUUAUUAUAAAUUAUUUUUUUUGUGGGUGUUGGUGAGAUUAAAGAAAUUCGGUUUAAGUUGCGUUGCGUUAAAGUAAACAAUCCAUUGAAACACGAGAUUGGAUUAUUUAUUCUUUUUGUUACCACGUUUUUGGUGGAUUUUGAUGAAUAUGUAUGUUGCUUAUGUGUAAUAUUUGGAAGAUUUGUAUUGCAAGACUUGUAGAAACAGAUUUGUUUGUUGUAUUAAUAAAGAAAUUGUUAGCUUGUUUAAGUGUC